AUGGCAACUGAAGAAGAGAAUGCAGGAAAUUUAAAGCGAAAAUUAGCAAAAUUAUUUCAGCUAUCACUUGAAGCAACAGUCCCUGGGGAGCCUGAUGUCGAGCCAUUGAUUGCUGCUUGCACUGGGAGAUUUGGAGACUACCAAUGUAAUAAUGCAAUGGGACUUUGGUCGAAAAUCAAAGGCCGCCCAGGAAUUGAAUUUAGGGGACCCCCAGCAGUUGGACAGGCUAUCAUGAGAAAUCUUCCGCAGUCUGAAAUGGUAGAAUCAUGUUCUGUGGCCGGUCCUGGAUUUGUGAAUGUUGUAUUAUCUAGAAAUUGGAUGGCUCAGAACAUUCAAAAGAUGCUAGUUGAUGGAAUUGAGACUUGGGCUCCAAAACUUUCCAUCAAGAGGGCUGUGGUGGAUUUUUCCUCACCCAAUAUUGCUAAAGAGAUGCAUGUUGGCCAUUUGAGGUCUACUAUUAUUGGUGACACUCUAGCACGCAUGCUCGAGUUUUCUAAUGUCGAAGUCCUUCGGCGAAACCAUGUUGGUGAUUGGGGGACACAGUUUGGUAUGUUGAUUGAAUUCCUCUUCGAAAAAUUUCCAAACUUUGAAGAUUUUAAUGAAGCAGCAAUUGGUGAUCUACAGGCAUUCUACAAGGCAUCAAAACAGAGGUUUGAUGCUGAUUCUGAAUUUAAGGCUAGGGCACAAAAAGCUGUGGUUCGCCUUCAGAGUGGAGAACAAGCGUACCGACAAGCAUGGGCUCAGAUCUGUGAAAUUAGCAGGAGGGAGUUUGAUCAGGUCUAUCAACGACUUGGAGUUCACCUAGAGGAAAAGGGAGAAAGCUUUUACAAUCCCUACAUUCCUGGAGUUAUUGAAGUACUAACUAAUUUAGGAUUAGUUGAAGAAAGUAGAGAUGCUCGUGUGAUAUUUAUUGAAGGGAUUAACAUACCACUUAUUGUGGUGAAGAGUGAUGGUGGUUACAACUAUGCUUCUACUGAUAUGGCUGCUCUUUGGUAUCGCCUUAAUGAAGAGAAAGCUGAGUGGAUUAUUUAUGUUACUGAUGUCGGCCAACAGCAACACUUUGAUAUGGUAUUCAAAGCUGCCAAGCGUGCGGGUUGGCUCCCAGCUAAUGAUAGCCAGUACCCUAAAGCUAGCCAUGUUGGUUUUGGUCUUGUUCUUGGAGAAGAUGGGAAACGGUUUAGAACUCGCUCUACUGAAGUGGUUCGGUUAGCUGAUUUACUUGAUGAAGCCAAAACCCGCAGCAAAGCAGCACUUGUUGAGCGUGGUAAGGCUGCAGAAUGGACUGAAGAGGAGCUUGAGCAAACUGCUGAAGCAAUUGGUUAUGGUGCUGUGAAGUAUGCCGACCUGAAGAACAACAGGUUGACAAAUUACACAUUUGAUUUUGAUCAGAUGCUCAACGAUAAGGGCAACACUGCUGUUUAUUUGUUGUAUGCACAUGCUCGGAUCUGUUCAAUUAUCAGGAAAUCUGGGAAAGACAUAGGGGAGCUGAAGAAGACUGGGACAAUAGUGUUGGAUCAUGCGGAUGAGCGUGCGUUGGGGCUUCAUUUGCUACAGUUUGCGGAGGUUGUUGAGGAGGCCUGUACGAACUUACUGCCAAAUGUGUUGUGUGAAUACCUCUAUAAUUUAUCUGAAAACUUCACUAGAUUUUAUUCCAAUUGCCAGGAAUAG